CUGGUGGUUUCAGAGGUGCUGCUGAUUCCAAGAAUUCACUGGGUGGCUGUGUUGGCUCUGCCAGUCCUCAGUGCCUGUUUUACACAGCGGCCGUUGGGUGAACUCAUCUGUUCUCUAGUUGGCUCUCUGUCACGCUACAGUGUUCAGCCAAAUGGUGUGGUGUGUUCUAAUUAAAAGCAGAUCUUCCAGUAAUACUCUUCAAAGAUUCAUUCACACGGAAUAACGCUUCCUACAAGUGCAAUUGUAAUGAGCCCUGCCCCAGUUUGCUCCUGAGAAGCGGGUCACUGUGUCUUUGAAUGCUCAGUGUCACUGGACGGCGUUUGGCAUGGGUACAUCACAGUGAACAUCAUACUGCUCGGCUGUAUUCAUGCAGAUAUUUACAGAGUGCUCCCAGAGCUCCUGAGAAAGGGUGUUCGCCAGAGCUGGAAAAGAUAUGAAUCGCUCACUGGCUGCUGUGAGGGUUAAGUGAUUCCACUUACGGCGCCAUGGAUGAGCUGCAGGAUGUUCAGCUGACAGAGAUCAAACCGCUUCUGAACGACAAGAAUGCAGCUCGCAACUUCCAGGACUUCGACUGCCAGGAACAUGACAUUGAGACAGCUUUCGGAGUGGUCCAUGUCACCAUGCGAGGCACACCCAAGGGGAGCAGACCUGUCAUCCUCACAUACCAUGACAUUGGCCUCAACCACAAAUCCUGUUUCAAUGCAUUCUUUAACUUUGAAGAUAUGCAGGAGAUCACUCACCAUUUUGCUGUGUGCCAUGUGGAUGCGCCAGGCCAACAGGAAGGAGCCCCUCCCUUCCCAUCUGGGUACCAGUAUCCCACUAUGGAUGAACUGGCUGAAAUGCUGCCUGCGGUUCUGACACACCUGAACCUGAAAAGCUUCAUUGGGAUUGGGCUGGGAGCUGGCGCAUAUGUCCUGAGCAGGUGUGCACUCAGCCACCCAGACCUGGUGGAGGGACUGGUGCUUAUUAAUGUUGAUCCAUGUGCAAAAGGCUGGAUUGACUGGGCAGCAUCCAAGUUUUCAGGCUGGACAACCAACAUAGUGGAUAUUGUCUUGGCACAUCACUUUGGACAUGAGGAGCUGCAGGCAAAUCUAGAUUUGAUCCAAACAUACCGGCUUCAUAUCGCACAGGACAUUAACCAAGAUAACCUUCAGCUCUUCCUCACCUCAUACAACAGUCGCAGAGACCUGGAAAUUGAGAGACCAGUGAUUGGUGUCAAUGAAAAUACAGCAAAAACACUCAAGUGCCCUGCCUUGUUAGUGGUUGGUGACAACUCGCCUGCCGUGGAAGCAGUGGUUGAAUGCAAUUCACGUCUUGACCCAACCAAAACUACCCUUCUGAAGAUGGCUGACUGUGGAGGACUGCCCCAAGUGGUUCAGCCUGGCAAGCUGACUGAAGCCUUCAAAUACUUUGUGCAGGGAAUGGGCUACAUGCCAGCAGCUAGUAUGACCAGGCUGAUGCGCUCACGUACUCACUCCUCAUCUAGCGUGGGCUCCGGGGAGAGCAUCCGCAGCCGGUCCCACGCCAGCAACCAUGGUGAAGGCAGUGCUGGAACCCCAGAUGGAAUUGAUCUCCAGGAUGCACCUCAAACCAUGGAAGUAUCCUGUUAAGCAGGAGUCCCUCUUCUGGAUUCAGACAAUUCCACUCGCCCCACUGAACCCACUCAGAAUCUAGCAUUUCAUACAACGUGGCAUUAACUGUUCUCUCUAACUUGUGCAUGCCCAUCUGAGCUGCCACCUCCUUAGUAGUCUGUACUUGGCAUUACUUUGGUCCUUUCUGUAUGCCCUUGGUAUCAGAGCCUCUUUACAACCCGUUUAACAUUCUGCAGUCUUAGUAAAUCACGUUACUGUACAUGCUGAUACCAUCUCCUGUCUGUGCUGUAUAUCAAUCCAGAUGACAGCCAUUGUCUCCCCUGUUCAUUUAUAUAUAAUUUCUGUGGCUUUGUGAGGUUUUAGAAUUGCUUUCUAGUUGUGCUUCUGCUAAAGGACCCUUGUGGUGCAGUUGGAAUGGCAUCUGUGGGACACAGGAAAGCAAGACCAUGAUGAUGUGACGCUCGAGGCACUGGAGGCAGAGCUGUGCCUGGAGCACGGAGCCCACAGGGAGGUCUUUGUGUUCCAGGACUCGUGGCACACCAAGCAGCUGUCGGAAAACCAACAGUCAGAAAUACUGUCGUGGUCUUAUCUCUGUAUGUGUGUUAAGAAGGAGCAGAGUGAUUUCUUACCGGAGCCUCCUGAAAGGGCAAAGCAAUUAACAAGUGAACACUAACUGAGGUGCACUAUUAAUCAGAGUACAAGGGAUUAAAGUGCAGCAGCUCUGGCCUCCAGGCUGCCCUUCCUGCAGGGAGCUGAGUGCAGUUAAGGCAUAGUCACUGUUCUGCCCUGGCACAGGGGGGAUCUUUCUUUAGCAUCAAGUAAGUUGUGGAAUGGGCAGCAGUGCCCCUCGCCAUCCAGAGAUCCCCCUAUCUCCUGCACUGCCAUUUCUGCCUCUCACUGCUGCCAUCCCCAGGCAGGGUGUCUGCACAGGGACUUCGCUGUGGCUCAAGCAAUGCCAGUGAAUGUCAAUGACUGCCAUGGGCCGUGUCCGUGUGACUCAGGCCUGCAGUUGAGCAGUGAAUGCCUUUGUGCAGGCACUGUUUACCGUCUUCGUGGAGUUCACAGUUCUGCUGCCUUUUUGCAUCUGUCUGGGUCACAGAGAGCAGGAAGGAAAUGCCUGCUGUGUGCCAGGGUCUGGCUGUUAAUGGGAGAAAAGGGAUGAGUGGUCAGGAUGCUGCAGGUCUUGAUAGACGAGCAAAACCUCCGUACUUACCAAGUGAGCAGUCCUGACUCACUGGGAGGCAGCUCCCCCGAGGGUCACGCUCAUGUUCUGCUCCAUUUCAGGUAGGGAAUGGGACCGGGAGGCUCUGCCUGAGGGGAACUUUGUACCGGUUAUUAAAUAAAGCUAUAACUAAGUUUCAUUGUUA